AUGGACCAACUAGCCACGCGCAAUAAGAUGCUUAAAAACCAAAUUGCUCAGCAAGCAAAUUCUUCAAGCAAGGCUAUUGAGGAGAAAGAAGAAGAUAAAAAGGAGCAGGAGGAGGAAAUUAAAAAAAAGAAAAAGCUACCAGAGCCAUAUCAGCCCCCUCUACCUUUUCCCCAGAGAUUCCAAAAGGUUAAACUGGAUAAGCUGUUUGGAAAAUUUUUAGAAGUGUUGAAGAAACUCUACAUCAAUAUUCCCUUUACAGAAGCACUGUCUCAGAUACCAUCCUACACCAAGUUCCUUAAAGAAAUUCUUUCGAAGAAAAGAAAAUUGAAAGACUAUGAGACUGUCGCUCUUAUAGAGGAAUGUUGUGCCAUACUAGAAAACAAACAGUCGCCAAAGCUGAAGGAUCCAAGAAGCUUCUCCAUACCUUGUCUUAUUGGCAACAUGACUAUAGACAAGGCACUCUGUGACCUAGGUGCAAGUUUAAGUCUGACACCUCUAUCAAUAUGUAAGAAGUUAGAUGUAAGAGAGCUCAAACCUAUAACAAUUUCACUGCAACUGGCUGAUCGGUCUGUAAAGUACCCUAUGGGCAUCCUAGAGAACAUCCCGAUCAAGGUGGGAAAGUUCUUCAUCCUAGUUGAUUUUGUAGUUUUAUGA